AAAAUGGCGGAGUUAAAGAAAGUUGCUUGUGAAGCGAUCGACAGGGUAGCUUCGGAACUAAACGAUAUUAGUCAGGAAUUAUGGAAGAAUCCAGAAUUGUACCACAGCGAGCACCAUGCUCACACCAUACUGACUGACUUCCUGGAGAAUCAAGGAUUUCACGUGGAGAGGAAGUACAAACUCGACACGGCUUUCCGGGCCACAUUCGGUGACGAUAGCGUGGGUCCACAUGUGGCGGUGUUGUGUGAGUACGACGCGCUGCCAGAGAUUGGUCACGCAUGUGGACACAACCUGAUAGCAGAACUGGGCGUGGCAGCCGGGAUUGGAAUUAAGGCUGCCAUGGAAACAUCCGGGCAACCUAUCGGCAAGCUAACAGUGCUGGGAACUCCGGCAGAAGAAGAAGGAGGCGGGAAAAUUGACCUCAUCGAUCAACACGCAUUUGACAAUAUUGACGUGGCGAUGAUGUCACAUCCGGCUCCUUUAGAUGCCUUGAAACCAAAAACGCUUGCCUUUCUUUCUGUUUCCAGAGUAACCAUGACGUAUAAGGGUAAGGCUAGUCACGCCGCUGCAUUUCCAUGGGAGGGCAUUAACGCAUUGGACGCGGCAGUCACGUGCUACCAGACCGUGUCCUGCAUGCGCCAACAGAUGAAGCCGACAUGGAGAGUCCACGGAAUUAUAACAAAAGGGGGCACGAGACCAAAUAUCAUACCGGAAGAAGCUGCAUUGGCAUAUUCCAUCCGAACGCCAAGCAGGGCGGAGCUUAAUGUCCUGCGGGAAAAGAUGAUUGGUUGUUUUGAAAGUGCAGCAACUGCAACUGGGUGUAAGGCUGAGUUCGACAAUUUGGGUGCGCCAUAUUUGAAUGUCAUCAGUAACGAAGCACUGGCUAGCUCGUUUGAGACGAACGCAAUGGAGCUUGGGCUUGAUUUCAAGAAAAAUGAACCAAAAAAUGUUCCAAUGGUGUCCACAGAUAUGGGAAACGUGUCUUAUGUUGUCCCUAGCAUACAUCCCUUCUUUAACAUCGGAACAGAUGAGGCCAACCAUACUAGGGGCUUCAGCGGGGCUACAGGUUCUGCUACUGCCCAGCCGUUCACCAUACUACAAGGAAAGGCAAUGGCGAUGACAGCCAUCGAUGUCUUUACAAACAAGGAUCUUUUACACCAAAUCAAAGCCGAAUUCGACAACGAACCACAGAGGAAGACUUAAUGGCUAAUACCAUUUGUAUAUUGAAAUCAUUAAUGAAAUGCUUUAAGCUGGAAUCAUAUGUGAUAAGUUUAAUAUUUAGUAUGUUAUUGAAUUUAAGUCCAUUUAGUUCUUCCUGGUCAGUCUUUGAAUUCUUUAAUUAAUUGAAUAACAGCUAAAUACAUUUUACAAAACGGUCGCAAAAAAAAAACAAAAAAAAAAAAAAAAAAGACCAAAAAAAAAAAAACACAAAAAAAAAAAAAC